ACAACUCGAGACAGGGCACGCCAUGCCCCCCGCGCGCCAUAUAAACGUGCGGAGGACGUGGGGGACUGCAGGCAGCCAACAUGAAGCGCAUCAGCCUGCACAUCCCGUCCACUCCUUCGCACUCUCCCUCCACGGACAAGUCCAAGGCGGGGACGCCUCCGACGGACAUUGUGCUGCUGCCUGUGCCCGCUGCGGGGAUGCGCGUCAAGGGCGUCCGCACCCUCGUCCGGCGCCUCCGGGGCGCCAUCCAGAUCGUCGCCCGAUCCAGACAUCACCAGUCCCCGGCCGUUGCCGCCCUCGUCCCCGCCCCGCCACCGUCCCCCGACCUAUUCGCGCCCUUCGUUCCUUCCGUCCCCGUCCCCGUCGACCUCGCCCUCUCCUCCAAGCACAGCGACGACUCCCUCACCACCACCUCCGCCCAGAGCAGCGACAGCCGCCAUCCCUCGCGCUCCUUCUCUAGCGCGCCGUCCUCCUUCUUCGCCACCGCUGUAGACCACUCGUCCUCUCUUGACGCGUCCUUGAACGUGCAAAGCAUGUCCGCCGACGAGUCCUCGCUCGCGCAAGGCCUACCAGGCGACGCGUCCUCGUAUGCAUCGGCGGUCCCGGAGGGUCAGUCCGUUGAGCUCUCCGAGCCCUCGCAGGGAUCGCUCCGCGCCGACGACACAUCCGCAUCCGACUUCUUUGCUGGGGAGUCCGAGUCCUCGGAUGCAGAAGGUGAUGAUGGAGACACAUCCCAACAAGCAGAUGCCUCCGAGCCGAACACUCGUAAUGAAGAACGCUCGUCCACGCUAGACGACGCCCAAUUCGGUACGUCAGAGCAUACUCCCGACUCAAGGGAUCCUGCAGCAAGUCCAGCCAUUCGAGAGAGCACGGAGUCGGGCGUACCCGACCCGUUUCUCGAGGACGACCCCGAGGAUCCUCCAGUCUCCUCUGAGCAGCCUCUUGGGCAGCCCGCGGCGGAUCAGCCACCUGCAGGCUUGUCCGUCGACGAGACCGCGCAGUCGCUCGCCGCCGCAGACGAGGUCACGCUCGCACAAUCACCGCCUCCGGCUUGGCCGGUCUCCGUACCCAACACCGCCGUCGACUUCAACAAGGCCGUCCCGCCACCGCCGCACACGGACGACGACGACGACGAAGACGAUGAAGACACCCCCGAGCUCUACCUCCCCGGGCUCGUCCUCCCCGCAAUGUUCCUCCCCAUCCCCAAUACGGACCCGUUGACUACGCUGCUGAUCAAAUUCAUCCCACCUGAGAGCCGCCCCCACCGCGACCUGAGCGGCAACUGGCAGGGCGCCGACUUCAACAUGCUCGUCAUGACGAACAGUUGGCGUGCACUCGCGAAGAUGGCGCGCGACCGCCUUGUCGAGACAGACCCAGAAGACCUCGACCUGGUCCUCUCACUCUGGUACCUCCGCCUCUCGUGCCUCGCGCGCCUCCGGCUCUUCAACCAGACCGCGGCGGAGUGCACGAACCUGUACACGGUCCUGAACGGCGUGGAGCCCGCGGCCGCGCGCGAGUGGCUGUUCGAGAAGAAGGUGCCGUUCGAGCUCGAGGUGCUCCAUGCGCGGCUCAAGUACUGGACGGCCGACCACAUGGGCUACCUCGACGCGCUGGCGGCGCUGUUGGCGGAGUGCAAGGCGCGCGCGCGUGCGGCGGACGGGAAGGCGGACUCGAUGGGCGCGGGGAUGUGGCAGGAGCGCGGCGCGCGCGUGUGCCUCAUCAUCGCGUCGCAGCUGAUCGAGAUGAAGGACUUUGCUGCUGCGGCUAGAUUGCUUGAGCCGCUGUGCAAGCAGCCGGGCGGGGUCACCGCGCCGCAACUCCAGUCCGCGGUGGGCAGGAUAUACGUCCAGGGCGGGUAUAUCCGCAUGGCGACGAAACACUUUGCGGAGGUGUGGAACGACCCGACUGCUGAGCCGUCGCUGAAGCAUAUGAAUGCGGCCGUGCUCGCUGCGGCCGACGGCGACUGGCCGAAGGCCAUUGAGGAGCUCGGGAAGAUGUUGGAUGAGGACCCGGAGAACUUUAUUGCUAUCAAUAAUCUUUCCGUCGCGUACUUGAGCCAAGGGAAGAUACAGGAGGGUAUCCGGGUACUAGAGGAAGCCAUCAAACUCUCUCCAUCCACCACGCUCGCCGCAGAGCCUCUCCUAUUUAACCUAUCGACAAUGUAUGAGUUGCGAUCCACUGCAGGAGCAGAUAGGAAACGAAGUUUGCUCAUUGAAGUCGCGAAGUGGGCAGGCGACGGCCUGCGUACGACGUGUCUGAAGAUGCCGAGCAACUAGGGCCUGCUGUC